CGGACCAUUUUCCGGUAAGAAGUGAUUCGGCUACAUCUCAAAGGAGGGUGUAUCUACGUAGAAAGGGGGCAUUACGUGAAUUAAUUAGACAUUUUCGCCAUCUGUACAUUGACAGUCAAAGCCCUUAUAGCUGAUUUAUUUUAAUUUUGUUAAAUAGACGUUACAUAUAAAGAUUACAAUACAUACUGAGGGAACAGCCAUAGGAUGGCAAACCGUCCUGGUGCCCAAAGACCAAAUGGGCAAGCACAAGGCAAAAUAUGUCAGUUUAAACUAGUACUUCUAGGAGAAUCUGCUGUAGGCAAGUCUAGCUUGGUUCUACGAUUUGUAAAAGGACAAUUUCAUGAAUACCAGGAAAGUACAAUUGGAGCUGCGUUUUUAACACAGACAGUCUGUUUAGAUGACACAACAGUAAAGUUCGAAAUCUGGGACACAGCUGGACAAGAAAGAUACCACAGUUUAGCACCAAUGUACUACAGAGGCGCACAGGCCGCCAUUGUUGUUUACGACAUCACUAAUCAAGACACAUUUGGACGGGCCAAGACAUGGGUGAAAGAGUUACAGAGACAAGCUAGUCCCAAUAUUGUUAUUGCUUUAGCAGGGAACAAGUCAGAUCUGGCCAACAAAAGAAUGGUAGAAUUUGAUGAAGCACAAGCAUAUGCUGAAGAAAACAGUUUAUUAUUUAUGGAAACAUCAGCUAAGACAGCCAUGAAUGUAAAUGAUAUAUUUUUGGCAAUAGCAAAGAAAUUACCUAAAAAUGAGUCUGGUGGAGCAGGUCAACAGCGAGUUGGUGGAAAUAUAAACUUAAAUGGAACACAUGAUCGGUCAGAAGAAGGCGGCGGAUGCUGCAAGUAACAAGAACAAUGAUUGGUUGUUUUUAGAAAAUGUGAUUCGUACAUGUUAAAGUUCACUCAUUUUUAUUUUUCGAGCAUAGACCUUAAUGUGGACACCAAAAUGGAGUGGGCAAAGCUAGACAUUUUAGGAAUUACUGGAUCAUUCUAGAACCAUCUGGAUUAUACUGGUUUUAUCUGGAUCUUGAGUGAAUUUCCUAUCUGGGAAUAAUUCAUUUAUUUAUAUGUUACAUUUUAUAUCUGUAUACAUUUUAAAAGUUCAUUGUUUUUGUUUAAACACUAUCUAAAAUAGUAGUGGCAAGAUGUUUCGCUAUCCCAUAAUUCAAAUCUGUAUGUGUUCUGCAUUCAGCCACAGAAAUUAUCUCUGUAUAUAUGUUAUUUAUAUAAACAGAACAAAAACGGUUCCAAGUGACCAUGCUAAAAUUAUUUCUUUUGAUUUGUUAAAAUUACAUGGUGAAUUCAUCAUCUCGCAUUUGACGUUUCACAGUAGACUAUGAAGAUCCAGAUUAUAUUGGACAUGUCACCAAAAAUUAUGAAGUUCAAGAUUGUAUUGGACAUGUCAUGAAAAAUUAUUAAAUUCAAGAUUAUUUUCGACAUGUCACCAAAAAUUAUCAAGAUCAAGAUUAUAUUGGAGAUGUCAUGAAAAAGUAUCAAGAUCAAGAUUAUAUUGGAUGUGUUCUAUAUUAAUAUCAAGAUUAUAUUGCUACAGAUUACAUGCAUUUAUUGAGACAAUACCUUUUAUCGAAAAUUGUCUACCUGACCGAGCACAAAUGUUAGAAUCUGAUAAAGGUUGAUCUUGGUCCAAUUUACACAGGUGGUAAAGAGCAGUUUCUACCUAUAAUACUAAUGCAUUAAGUGUCGGAUGAUCAGACUAUAAAUGCUUCAAUUAUUAAAUAAUUAAUACUUGAUUUAUUAAGUUGAAAUGAAUAUUGAUUCCUUCAUAUUUAUAAAUAUUAUCCAUUAAUUUUUCCUGUAGGUUAGCUUAGCAAUUUGAAAUUAUAAAUUGCGGUGUCAAUUCAUAAUUUCUUAUCUGUAACACAUAAUUUUUUUUAUUUUUAAGAAAGAACAUUUACUUGAAUAAAAACACAUAAGAUGCCAAAAUCCCCCCUUUUUUUUCUCCUUUUCUUAACAUAAACUUUUAGCUUAAGUCAAUGUCAUGAAUUGUUAUUAAAAAUCCAAAUUUAUUGUUAUGGACUUAUUGGUCUUGGGAAUAUUUGAUAGGGCAGUAAUAUCCUGUGAUUUUAUACAAAAGAGGUACAGGGCCAAUUUAGUUUAACCAACAUCAUAUACACUCCAAAGUGAAAAUAGGUGAUAGAGCAUUUUAAUUUAGUAUUUAUAAAAGCCACUGGUUAUUGAUUGCAUUUUAUUUCUGAAGAAAAUCACAUAAAUUUCUAUUGUUAUUUGCUUUUGUUUAAUUUACCUUACACACUUAAAUUUGAAAAUAUCCUAUGUAGAACUUUUUCUUCUUUAAACCUGUUAAAUGACUGUUUACAAUAUUUGUAAAACGUUUAGAGUAUUGUUAGUAGUCCUUUUUAACUUUUUUUUUGUUUAGAGGGCAAAUUGAAAGAAUAUACAUAACUUAUGCACAUUUUUUUUUAAAUCAAUACACAAAUUAUGUGUAUUAUACUCCAGAAAAAUGUCAUAAAUGCAGAAUGCUUCACAAAAUAACCAUAUUUAUAGUAAGAAAAAAUGUACUAAUACAAAUUCCUGUCUGAUUUUGUUGAAAAUGAAAACAAUUUAUCAAUGUAAACAUGUAAAAAUAAAUUGUGUAUGACACGUGUACAUAAUCUUUAAACUUUUUGUACAGCAAGAGUUGUGUCCCUUAGUAAAACACACAGCAAACCAAUCGGGGUCAUUCAAGUGCUUGAAAUGUGUUAUUGUUUUCUUGUCCAGUUUUCCAUUAGCAAAACAGAUCUUGAAUAAAAAGAUGAUUUCAUCAUUAAGGUGGUACCCAACACUUUCACUAAAAUUAAUUUGGCUCGUUUAAUCUAUUCGUUAAAUUUUGACAAAGUAUUUACUUUGACCUUGGACAAAAAUAUAAAGAUUUAUAUAGCAGUUUGACAAACACAAAUUUUGAGCAUUUAGAAGCUUAAUAGUCCCAUUAAACACAUUGUAAUUAAAACAUUUAGCUGAUUUUAAAGAGUUAUCUCCCUGUAGUGUUAGGUACCAUCUUUAAAGCAAUAUAAAUUCUUAUUGAAGGAAAACAAGAAUUACCUUGUCAAAUUGAUAUCAACCCUUUUUUGCACUUCAUAAAUUUUUGUCUUUACCACAACGAAAGCAUUUGGAUGAUCAAGACUACAUAAAGGGGAGGUAACUUGUCAUAAUAAAGAAAAGACAACUCCUCUGCUGUACAAAUGAAGAGAAAACUUUUAGAAUUAAUAUAUUAUUGUUUUUGUCCAUUUUGAACAAAGUGUAAAUGAUAAGAAAUGGUUGCUUGGAUGAUGUGUGUUUAUUGAGAAAUAAAAAAAGUUUUUUUUAGUGAUUAAUGCAAGAUUGAUCUUUCAGCUUAUAGAUGAUUUUCACUGAUUUAAAAAAAAAAGUAAUUAUCAGUUUUUCAAAUAUUCAGAUGUGCUUUCCCGCCUUUUGUUUUAUAAAUUUAAAGUGAGAUAAUAUUUUAUGUUAUUAAUAUCAAAUUUCAUACUUAAAGGAAGUGGUCAUUAACAUAGUCUGAUAGUAUAUGAGGUAUAAAAAUAUCUACAUUUGUUAUAUACAUUAAUGAUGAUUUAAUUUCAUAUACUGUUUGAUAUUUUCAUCUUGCAUUAAGAACGUAAAACUCUUUUUGUCUGUUUGUUGUCAAUUAUGUAAACAAAAGUUGUGGUAGGAUGUUUUCUAUUUGUGUUUUUUUUCUAUGGAAAUCAUACAUAUAAGAAAUAUCUUUUCAUUCUAAUAAAUAAAUACUGUCUGAUAAAUUGGUCGUUUCAGAAUCUAAAGCAUCAUGGGUAAUUUUAUUGUUCGUAUCCUAGAAUGAAAAUAACGUUGCGUCAUUGGUUGAAUUUCCAUUGUUUUGAACGUUUUAAACCAAUCACUACGCUUUGGUGUACGCUUUUGAAAAUAUUACCCAGAAUGCAUUAGAUUCUGAAACGGCCAAUUAGGUUAAGUAAUAAUUUUUACCAGAAUCCUUUAAUUGGCAAUAAAAAUAUGCACACUUUAAUUAGUGAAUUUACAGUUCACAAUUCCAAAUAAUUAUGCCCCCGCUAUAACUAAGGAGGAAAAAUGUUUUACCAUUCAAUAUUUUUUUUUUUAACCUUGUCUAAGAGGCUAACAGAGCCAUUGAAAAGACAAAUCUUAUGGAAUUUGUUCUUUUCAAGAAAUAGGGACAAUCUGAGAAUGAUAUUUGCAGCGAAUUAAUUAAAUCCUUUCAAAGCUAGUUGUCUAAUGCAUGAAGAUAAAGAUUUUGGUUGGCUUGCUUGUUUUGUUUGUAUAAGCGUUGAAUUUUAUUAUUUGAUAACUUCAUAUCAAAUCUAAAUAAGAUAUAUACAGGUUUAACUUCACCUAGUUAUAUUUAUUGCAUAUGCCAAUCUUAGAUACAAUGUUUACGCAAACCUUUAUACAAACUAAGCAAGCAAGUCAACCCAUGUUUUAAUCUACAUGCAUUAGGAAAUUAGAUCCAACAGCAUUUUUUUUUAACAAUUGUAAUGUUCGUUGAUAAAUUGUGCAUGCCAAGAUUUGCAAAAAUUAGCCAUGUAAAAAAUGAUGUAAAUUUUCUUUGAGUACCCUCAGGAGUUUGUUGGUAAAAAACAAAUAAUUUUGCAUGUGAACAAAAUCUAUAAAAUAUAAAUUAAUUAGGUAUUUAUAUAAGUUAUAUGAUACAGGUAACAUACACUACAACUCAGGUGGAUUAUGUCUUUUUCACCUUUCCAAUGUGGGCAGUCCACAUCUAACAGGUCAAUUUAUCCAUAGAUUUCCUUAAAAAAUAUUUGAUUAAAACACAAUUUUUUCUUAUUUAUAUUAGUAUUAUUAGAAUCAAUUCCUAUGAGAAAAACAAAAUGAAAGCAUUUCAAAUCUAUACAAUAGCCCAUUAGGAACAAGGGAUGAUUCCCCUCUCUGUGUUUACUCCACUGUGUUAGGUAGAAAUGACAUGAUCCACUUGGGUUGUAGUGUAUAUGAUUUCCAUUAGAAGAGAAUCAAGAUAACAGAUUUACCACAAUGAAUUAAUUGCAAUUUUUUUUUCUGUACAAUUUCAACAAUUGUGAUAUAUGCCUGUGUAAUAAAGAGACUAUAGAAACA